GAUGGCCUGUUGCAUUUGAAUAAAGUUAAUUCAUUGUUAUCAGGGACAAAUUCAACAGUCCCUAUAGGCAAAAUAACCCUGCAUUCAACGAAUCAGUAAUUACCUUAAGAGGUUCAGGAUAUUCCAAUACCAUAAGGAUAGCAUGCAAUUCUGACUUCUGAAGUGAUGUGGACUUUUGACCACCAUGCUUAUUUUAUCUGACUUACAUCCUGCCAUCCCCAUCUUGUUUACAUCAGAAUAAAAAGUUAGCACAGAACACAACAUCUUGCUCUCCUCUUGACCCUGCGCAAGCGCAGUACAGCAGGAAGCCUCUGAAAAUGUAUCCAACAUGGCGUCGGAGCAGAAGACGAAGUUAUCCACAAACCUGCUGCGCAUGAAGUUCAUGCAGAGGGGCCUGGACUCGGAAAACCAGAAACAGCUAGAAGAGGAGGAACGGAAGACGAUCAGGGAUGAGCAAUGGUACCUGGAUUUGCCGGAGUUGAAGGAGAAGGAGAGCUUCAUCAUAGAAGAGCAGAGCUUCUCCCUGUGUGAAGAUCUUCUCUAUGGAAGGAUGCCUUUCAGAGGCUUUAAUCCUGAAGUUGAGAAGUUAUUGCUUCAGAUGAAUUCCAGGAACAGUGUGGCGGCGGCAGAAGAGGAGGAGUCUGUAGAGGCUGACGUGCCGGAGGAAGAAAUGGCAAGAAGAUAUGAGACUUUGGAAGGAACAAUUGGGAAAAUGUUUGCCAAGAAUAGGGACUGA